GGGUAAAAUUGACAUGCGUUAGAUAAAAUGUUUUUACCUGUCACCACUUGACUAUUUUUUAAAGAUGCCGAGGUCAGAAAUUGAACCGAACACCAAAAAAUCAGUCACAAAGAAAUUCAGCAAUAAUGACAACGCUUAAACUUAAAUUAUUAAAUAAUUAUCACAAUUAACUCAUGAUAACUUGAACUUUUAAGGAACGAAGAAAAACUUUUGACUUAGUGGUCGUUGGAUUUAUCAAGUGAUAUUUGAAAAGUAUUCGAAAACUACUGAAUGUUCAAGUUAUCAAGAGUUCCAGUUAUUGGGCUACUGAAUGUUCAAGUUAUCAAGAGUUCCAGUUAUUGGGAGUUAACUAUAUAACUGUUUUACCUAAUUUUAUAUUUAUAAUUUGGAUCAAUUUAGGUUAAUCAUAUUAUAAUGAAUGAUGAAAAAGUAAUAGUAAGUUUUGUGGGACAAAAAAUAUCCAAAGUUCGUUGGGGUCAAAGUUAUAAUGGUGAAAAAAAUCCUUGUGAGUUUAUUACUGGCAGUUGUGAUGAUGAAAAAAAUCUUGUUUGCAAAUGGAAAGUUCCAACAGAAAAUGACAAUGAGCCAAAUUUAGAAAGUCAACUGGUUGUUGAAGGUUCUGUUACAGAUUUAUUGGUAAUGUCUCCUGGCAAAGUUAUUUAUAGCAAUAGUAAUGGUGAUGUUUCUAUUGUAUCUUUAAGUUCUCACGAUAACAAAAUGAGAGAAGAUCAAUCAUGGAAAAAACUUCAUCGGUAUCUUUCAACUAAUGAAGUUGCCUGUUGUACUUGCCUAGCAUCUUAUGGUCAAGAUAUUGUUACCGGUGGAGAAGAUGGCAAAAUUAAUUUUCUUCUACCUGAACGCAAAAAGCCAAUCAGAGUGUUAGAAAAUGCAGAUAGUUCAAAUGUCACAGGACUGCAGUUUUUAAGUUCAACAGAACUAGUUUCUAUUAAUUCAACAGGGCAGUUAAAACUCUGGGAUAUUCGUCAACAAAAGCUAAAUAAACCCGAAAAAGUUUUAACAUUGUCAGGAAAUGCUUGUCCUUUACUUUCUGUUGAUAAACAUCCGAAUCAGCCACAUAUUGUUGUUACAGGACACGGCGAUGGUGUAGUAGGAAUAUGGGAUAUUCGCCAGGAAAAUGGGCCCGUAACUUUGGUUGAUGCUCACGAAGCUGAAGUUUGGACUGUUAUGUUUCAUUCAAUGUAUCCUGAUAAUUUAUUCACGUGUUCUCAAGAUGGUUCCUGUUGGUUUUGGGAUGGGGCUUCGAUGAAUAAUGAAAUAAUUUACAGUAACUUAAAUAAUAAUAACAGCCAUAGUCACAGUGCAUGGCUUUACAUAGAUGCAAAUAAACAUAAAAUGGAGACAUUUUCAUUAGUUCCGUUUAAUAAAAGUCCUAUUAAUUCUUUUGACGUUUGCUUAUCAAGUUUAGUUUGUGCAACAGACAGUGAAGCUUUAAUCAUUGUUUCCGACAUACCCGUGCGUUAACAAGUCAUUUUAAAUUGUUUAAGAUACCUGAUUGACAUUUCAAAUUGAAAUUUUGCUACAAGUUUUAACUAAUAAUACAUAAUAUUAAAAAGUUCCUUUUUAAAA